CACUUUCCAAGGGGUCUGUGGUCGGGGAAGAGUAAACAUGGUUUGGGACUAUGCGAGGAAAGCCACCCCAGUCAAAAAUAUCUGACAGAGUAACUGACAAGCUUAAGGGACUGAUUUGGUAGAUGCUAAUGAAAAGCUUGAUUCUUGGAAUGAGCUUUUUCAAACUCUGCCGCUAUUGACGUGUACCUGUCAUGCUAUCCUGGAAUUGAAGCUGCUACGUUAGCUAGCCAGGUCAGGUGAGCCUUAGUUUGAUAAUUCAUGUGAUCGCUAGUAUUAGCUAAUGCAGACGUAUGUUUUUCACUCAUCUAAGUUCUGUGCAUAAUCGUGACACAUCUUUUGUGCUGGCUAAUCUUGUUCAAAUCGAACGUGAGACAACGGAUCGUUCACUAGAAACAGCUACAAGACGAGGUUAGCUGCCAAGUGAUAGUUUGUUAUCCUAUGCUAGCUAUCUUAGGGUUACCUAACAUUAGCGAUACGUUGCCAAUCUCGGGUUGCUGACGUUGUCCAUCUCAUAAUAAUUUUGGAAGGCCAGUUUCCUGAAUUUAGAGACACACGGACCUAUCAAACAUUAUAUUGUAGGUCCUUAGUUAAACAGUCUAACGUUAAUUUAUGUUAUGGUAUUGAACGUUUAAGCAAUGAUUAGCCUCGAAUUAACCUAGUUAGCUACCUACCUAGCUAGCUAGCUUGCUAGCCUAAUAUUAGUUUUCCAGCUGUCUGGUUCACGCAGUUGACCGACUCACCGAACGUGUUGGCAAGCGUGAAGUUUUACGGCGCAGUUGGCUAACUUAUUAACAUUGGUAGACAAACUUGCUUGAAAGUUUAAGGGUCUCAACUCCAUAAUACUGUCAGGAUUUGGCUUGACUGUGUCAUUUUUAUUUCAAGAUUCAAGUUGCAAUGCCACUGAUGUUUUUGGAGAGAUUACCAUGGCCCAGUUUGCAAACUUACAUAGGGCUCAGCGUAGUCCUGCUAGCAGGAUGCACCUACAGCGCUUACAGCACCCUGACAGAUUUUAGGCUGAAGGUGUCAUCUUUGGACGAAGCUCCCCCUAGCUCUGUUUAUGACACCACCCAGCCCCCUGAUCAAGAUGUGGACAGUGAAGUUGUGUUCGCCACAGUGUUGUGGUACCUUAUUAAUGACAGCGUUUACGUUUGGGUGCUUGUCAACACGGUUUGCUGCACCCUUAUGGUCUUCGCCAAAAUAAUCCAAUGGAUGGUUUUUGGACCCCUCAGAGUUAGUGAGAAGCAGCACUUGAAGGACAAGUUCUGGAACUUCAUCUUCUACAAGUUCAUCUUUAUUUUUGGCGUCCUGAACGUGCAGACCGUGGAAGAGGUGGUGAUGUGGUGCCUCUGGUUUGCUGCUCUCAUCUUCCUCCACCUCAUGGUUCAGUUAUGCAAGGACCGCUUUGAAUAUCUCUCCUUCUCGCCGACCACCCCCCUGGGCAGUCACAUUCGGGUUAUGUCCCUGCUGAUUGGCCUCCUCCUGUCCUGCUGUGGCCUGGGAGUGCUGUGUGGCCUGUGGGGGUCGGCCCAUGGCAUGCACACCCUGGCGUUCAUGGCUGCCGAGUGUAUGUUGGUGACUGUACGCACUGGCCAUGUCAUCAUGCGUUAUUCCAUUCACCUCUGGGAUCUAAACCAUGAGGGCACCUGGGAGGGCAAAGGCAGCCACAUCUACUACACUGACUUUAUUAUGGAGAUGGUCAUGCUGUCCCUGGAUCUCAUGCAUCACAUCCACAUGUUGCUCUUUGGGAACAUCUGGUUGUCCAUGGCCAGCCUGGUGAUCUUCAUGCAGCUGCGCUACCUGUUCCACGAGGUGCAACGCCGCCUGCGCCGCCACAAGAACUACCUCCGCGUCAUCGACAACAUGGAGGCCAGAUUUGCAGUGGCAACCGCAGAGGAGUUAGCAACCAAUAACGAUGACUGUGCUAUCUGCUGGGAUACCAUGCACACUGCACGCAAGCUGCCAUGUGGCCACCUCUUCCACAACUCCUGUCUGCGUUCAUGGUUGGAGCAGGACACCUCAUGUCCGACCUGCCGGUUGCCUCUGAACAUCAGCGGAGACCGGCCCCACGCCCGGGACCCUCAGCAGAGGGGAACACUGGAUGGGAACCUGGCCCCUGGGGGCCCUGCUGCAGACACCCGACCCCAUAUCAACCAGCACAAUCACUUUUUCCACUUUGAUGGUUCUCGUAUUGCCAGCUGGCUGCCCAGUUUCUCAGUGGAGGUCAUGCACACCACCAACAUGCUGAGUAUUGCACAGGCUAACAACUCCCAGCUGAAUUCUAUGGCCCACCAGAUCCAGGAGAUGUUCCCCCAGGUGCCUUAUAACCUCCUCCUCCAGGACCUCCAGCUCACACGCUCUGUGGAGGUCACCACUGAUAAUAUACUGGAAGGACGCAUCCAGGUGCCCUUCCCUACUCAGUCAGUGGAGCGGGUCCCUCUUCAGAUGAGUGCGGCCCCUGAGGAUUCGGCAGCGGGGAACAACUCCUCGUCCUCUGACACCAUGAUUGCGGAACCCGAGAGCCUUGAGGUGCGAGGCAGCCGCUUCUCCAAGUCUGCAGAGGAGCGGCAGAAGAUGCUGCUGCAGAGGAAGGAGGAACUACUCCAGCAGGCACGCAGGAGGUUUAUUAAGAAGAGCCCAGGAGAGGAAGAGGAGGACAUGUACGAGGAUUAUGAAGAUGAAGAGUUGCCAUCUCUAGAGGAGGCUGAGCCCAGCUCAAACCCAGCGCUGCGCAAACGUCACACUCUCACAGCGGCUGCCGAGCACCACGGGCAUAUGCAGCAAGACACCUUAGAGUGAGCCAGAACAUGGAGGAGCCUGAAGCAAUGCACACACACACACAUACACCUGAACCAGUACCAGUACAAGUGGCCCAUGCUCUCUCACACACACACACACACAGCCUUCUCUUAAACAAUAGUAAAAAAUAACCUACAGAAACAUAACAGAGAACUGCUGCUUCUAGGGUUGCCUUAGCCAGAUCUGAUCGAUCUGAGGAGACUGUCUUCAUACUCCUGAUUUAUUUCUAGAAGGUCUUUUAAAGAGCGUGGCAUGGCGUGGGAACGGAUGUCAGUGUUGCAGGGGACGUGAGGAGAUGCCCGGGGGGAGCAUGCGAGUUUGAGAUGGCUGCUGCAUGGUUUGUGUUCAGAAAUUGUGUGAUGCGGCGUCAAAGCAAGCAACAGAGUAGUUGCUUCUCUUUUUCUUUUCUUUUUUUUUUUGGGGGGGGGGGGGGUCCUGAGAAGAAGAGGUUGUGGUUUAACCUGGAAUGUCAUUGUUGCAAGUGUACUGGAUACUCAUGUCACAUGGCUUUCUCUUUACUUUUACCUUUAUUGCUCUUGAGCCAGAAUCUACCACCAGAGUAUUCUCAUCUGGCAACACUGUUGAAUGGAGACAAACUGUAGUUAGGGUCUGGUCAUAAUUCAUCUAUAUUAUUCCUUCUAAUCUAAUGGUGACAUAUCAGACAUCCACAUCAUUGUCUUCCUGGUAAGACACUAUCAGCUUAUAUGUCAUUUUAACAGGUGUUAUUAUUGUUGAACACAGCAUGGAACUUUUGUCAAUAUGCAUUUUUUUCUCUAGUCUCUUCAUCUAAUUUUUCCAGUGUAGGUGGAUGGCGACAUCGUCGUUUCUUAUUCCGUUCAGUCCAUAACACAAACCCACCCAUCACUGCUGCUUUACUGUUAUCUUACCUUACCUUACGUAUGCCUUCAGUUAGUAUCAUUGACUGUUAUAUCAAAGACUGCAAAGGAGAUUUUUACUUUUAAAGAUCAAUAUUUGAAGAAUGUAUGAGUUACUUUUUUACAGUCUCGAAAUAUCCAUUUCCCCAUGUGGUAUUCAAACAAAUAUAUAUAUAAAAAAAAGUUUGUGAUGUAAAGCAUUGACACACAGAGAAGUAUUUUUUUUCCCAGGAAUAAUCUGCAUCUCCUUAACAACGAGACUCCCAAUACUAUGUUGGGGGUUAUGUAGAGUAAUGUAGAGCUAUUUGCAUUUGUUUGCCUAUUUGAGCGAGGUGGGCUAACGUGUCCCAUUAACAGUAACUGUUUCCUUUUAGCUAACAAACACUUGAGUGCAUGGCCUGAAGACCUGAAAGGUGCUAUUGCAGUGCCUGGCCACAAGGUUACCAUUGUUGUUUUUAUAUAUGUUGUGUAACACUCAACAAAGGUAUUACAUUUGAUUUCCUGUAGGUCUUUGAACGUCAGCAGAGAGAAACUAACAUACCUGGCCAUGCCAUAAUGUGAGCUGUGCAAUGGGAGAUUUAAUUUUAUUUUAGGUCAUUGGACAUUCACCUGUUUGCCCUAUGCAAACAACUUUGGUCAACUAUAUCCUUUUAUUUGUGAAAUCUUUAUUUUUCAAAAUGAGGUUUUUCCAACAUUGUUGAUGAUGGUCUGAAAUGUUUUCUCAACAAGAGAUGGACUAUAGGGCCUACUGAUAGAGCUUUAUUAAAUUAUUGUGCCUAAAUUGGAGAGUAGUGUCAGUGCUGAAUGAAUUAGUUUUUAUAUGCAUUAUUAUUGUACCAUUAUGAUUAUAUCUGCUAAUUAAAGUUUUUAAAUUAAGGUUUAAUCAA